AUGGCAGCAUUCCUCACCACGGUUAUACUACACAACGUCCUGAUAGCAGUUUCAACGUCUGCUUCAGAUUCGCCUGCUAACGGGACAGAUAUCUGCUACCGGUAUGACGUUAGUGGCUGCAGCAUUCCUUUUGGCCUGAACUUCUUCUACAAAAAACGUUUCACCCCGUCGUGUAAUAGGCAUGAUAUUUGCUACAGUUGUGCCGUGGCAUACAACAUGACCAGGGCUACGUGUGACCGGGCAUUUCGGCACGACACGACCACAGCUUGCAGGAACGACUUUCUGCAUUCAUCAUUCGAUAAAGAGAACCCGAGACCAAGAGAACAUAUACAAAAACUACAGCGCCAGACAGAUGUGCUGGCCAUACUGGACAAAUUCGCAGGCAAAUUUAAGCCAAUUUUUUGGGAAGUAAUUGCCAGUCAUAACAUGCUGUGCAACAAGAUGGAUAAGUAUGAAUGUGCACACGAAUUUAUCCAGCUGUAUACAGAUAAAGUGGUCACUAAAUGGGCGGGAAUGUUAGCUCGGUACCUUCAGGUGAACGACAACAUGGUUCAGAAAAGCAGUCUUCUACAGCACUUCCUGCCAAGUAUAAGAAAGGAACAUGCUGCCUCCAUAUCUGGCAGUGAAAUCAACACUGACUUAAAACAUGAGCGCCACGACAAAUUUGUGUUUCGCCAAGCCAAAGAAAAAGUUAUCCUUCCUAGGCAGAAGUCACCGGAAGGCGCUUUUUUGGAAAGCAACAGUAAUGAUAAUGAGUUUUGUAAGAAAAUUCAGCGCAAUGUUCUCUCAAGCGGCAGUUUCAACAAACUUACUGUAGAACUGAAAUGUACUGAGAUAAAACUGAUUCAGUGUAUGUUCUUUUCGGAGGUCUAUUACAUGGCAGUUCACUUGUUUGGUUCCUCCAGAUUUUCUUACCAGUCGGAGUUUUACUGUAAUGAGAGCUUUGUUCCACAAUGCUUACCUCCCCACUAA